GUCAAUUGAAUAUUAGUAUAAACAGAAUUGCCUACAUACAUAAAUAACAUCAAAUAAAAACACGAAGUGUAUAAACAUGAAAACGAAUUAAAAUAACAAAUUAACAAAUUAAAAUUGAACAAUACAUUAAAACAAUUAAAAAAUACUAUCACUCAUUAAAAACUCUUCUAUAGAGUAGAAAGCUUUAUCAAGUAAAAUUUGCCAGAUUCUUUUUUUAAAUAAUAUCAGCGGUAGUGAUUUACAAUCAAUGGGUAGUUUGUUGAAGAGUUUUAUUCUCAUGUAUUUGGCAUUCUCCUCCGUUCUAGACAACCUAUGUACCGGCACCUCCAAUACUUCUCUGUUUCUGGUAUUAUAAAUUCCAGAAUUUAUAGAACUAAAAUUUUUCAGGUGACUUUUGACGUAAAUCAAUAUAUUCAAUAUAUAUAUACUGAAGGCAGCGUCAAAAUCUUCAAAGCUGUGAAUAGUUCCCUGCAACUAAAGCGCCUUCCCACCUUUGCAAUAGUUCUAAUAGCUCUUUUUUGUGAUAUAAGAAGCCUUUGUAACUUGGAGGAUGCUCCCCACGCUUCUAUUCCAUAAGUCAGAGUAGAAUGGAUAUGUGCAUGGUAAAACAUUAGCAAUAUCCACUUAUCAACGAUAAAACUCAGCUGAUAC